UUUCAUACAUCUGUCCUCUGAAACACAAAAUGUCCCACAUGUAAAGGAACUUAUAACUGCGUUGAAGGACUGAGAAAGCGUUUAACGUCUUUUGGAAAGGAGACCGGGCCGAGAGGGCAGCAGCACAAUGACAUUAAAAACAACAACAGCAGACACUUGCACAGACAAAGCUCGACUGAAAUGAUUUCACCAGAGAUUGGAACUCCUUCAAUGCAACACGGGCUCAGAUAAUGAGUCAUGUGUUCUGUGCAUUAGGCGUGAAAUGCUUUUCUUUUCCAGUUCAGUUUGUACUUUGUUUCCUCAAAGAUCGAUGUAAUUUCUUUGUUGUUGUUGGUGAUUUAUCUGUUUUACCUGUGCAGGUAAAAAGUGCCACCCACUCCCACCAUAACAAAAAAAACAAGCCUGGCUAUGUGACACCACAGCUCCUCUGAGCUCCAGUUUCUGUCCUCCUCCUCCUCCUCGUCCUCCGUUGAAUCCCUGAAGGUUUAAAAGCCACAAAGACACCUGAGAUCCUCCACUGUGGUCAGACGCCUCACACUCACCUGUUUGUCUCUUCUCUCUCUCUGACUCGGUCAGUGCCGCUCGUCUCUUUAAUCCUCAGCUGUUCCCCCUCCGUCUGCACCAUGAGUCUCAGUCGUACCAAGCGGAUCAGCUCCAGCAGCUCCGUGCGCAGCAGCAGUGCGUCCAGGAGGCUGAGUGGACUCAGUCCGGGCCAGGGGGGGUUCACCGGCAUCUCCCUGAGCAGCAGCUCCCUCUACGCGGGCACCAAUGGGCACCACCCGGGCCUGGGCCCCCCGCUGGCCACCCUGUCGGUCAACAAGAGCCUGCUGGCGCCGCUCAACUUGGAGAUCGACCCGAGUCUGUCCAUGAACCGAGCCCACGAGAAGGAGCAGAUCAAGAGCCUCAACAACCGCUUCGCCACCUUCAUAGACAAGGUGCGUUACCUGGAGCAGCAGAACAAGAUGCUGGAGACGAAGCUGGAGCUGAUGCAGGGUCAGGGCGUGGGCCGCUCCAACGUGGAGCCGAUGUUCGAGGCCUACAUGGCCGGUCUGCGGCGCCAAAUGGACCUGGUCAACAACGACAAGACCAAGCUGGACGGGGAGCUGAGGAACAUGCAGGGUCUGGUGGAGGACUACAAGCACAAAUAUGAGGACGAGAUUAACAAGAGGAACAACCUGGAGAAUGACUUUGUCAUCCUAAAGAAGGAUGUAGACUCCGCCUACCUGGUGAAGGCGGACCUGGAGGACAAGGUCGGAGCUCUGACCGAUGAAAUCAACUUCCUGCGUAACGUCUACGAUGAGGAGCUGCGUGAGCUGCAGGCCAGCAUCAAAGACACGUCCGUGGUGGUGCAGAUGGACAACAGCCGCAGUCUGAACAUGGAGCAGAUCGUCGCCGAGGUCAAAGCUCAGUACGAGGACAUCGCCGCCCGCAGCCGCGACGAGGCGGAGGCCUGGUACAAGAGCAAGUUUGACCAGAUGUCGACACAGGCCAGCCAGUACAGUGACGAGCUCCGCAUCGUGAAGGGAGAGGUGGCCGAGGUGAACAGGCUGAUCAGCCGACUGCAGAGCGAGAUAGAGGCCGUCAAAUCUCAGCGUGGCAGUCUGGAGAACCAGCUGGCUGAGGCAGAGGAGCGCGGGGAGCUGGCGGUGAAGGAAGCCAAGAUCAGGACCAGAGAUCUGGAGGACGCUCUGCAGAGAGCCAAGCAGGACAUGGCCCGACAGCUGCGAGAGUACCAGGACCUCAUGAACCUCAAACUGGCUCUGGACAUUGAGAUCGCCACCUACAGGAAGCUGCUGGAAGGAGAGGAGGACAGACUUGGACAACAGUCCAUCCUCAACAUUCAGACUGUCUCCAACUAUAGUACUAAAAGUACUAAUGGUUACCAUAGCAACAGCAGCAGCGGCUCCCCAGCUCCAAGACUGCUGAUCAAGACGACUGAGACCAGAGACAACAGCAGAUACAGUACACACUGAGACACACACAUGCACGCACGCAUGCACACACAUACACACGC